AUGGAUGAAUAUCGAGACCUGGAAUUAUUAACAGAAAAAAUUCGAAGUACUUUCAGCACUAAUGAUCAACAUGAUUACGAAAAGAAACAAAAAAUAUUUUCCGAUGAUACGGAACAACGAUUGGAAAAAAUAGCGGAACGUAUUAAUCGAGAGAAUCGAAUAAAUGCAUCCAUUAAUGGAAGCGAACCGCAAGUUCAUCUUGAACAGUGUUCAGAAUGUGGUUGUACAGGUGGUAUUGUUAGUAUAAUCCAUUCCAAAGAAGUUUGUUCUUCAAAACGAAAUGAAAAUAAUUAUCGUUAUAAUGACCAAGAAAAUGUCAUGGUUUGUGAUGCAUGUAGAAAACUCGAAAAAAUAUCUGUAACAAAAAUUGAAUGUAGCAAGUGUGGAAUAGAAAGAAAAAUAAUCUCUUUUCUUUGA